CACACGGGAAAUUUUCGAUUUCACCCUGGCUUACAAUAUUUCUUGGAAAAUCUAAAGAGGAAUCACCUGAGAUGUUCAAAAAACAAUCUACCAAAUAUUCAUAUACUGAAUUAAAAAAAGCUGAGCUUACCAUACCAAAAUCGUGUAUUACGCUAACUGAUGAAUUUAAAAACGAUGUUAUAAAAGCAUUAUCAAAAGGAACUACUAGCGAUAAAAUAGUUGAACUUCGUAACAUAUCAAAAAAAUAUGGUCAUUUUUACGCUUUUCAAAUAACUUUUGGUGAUUCAGAAAAUAUAAGCAAUAGAUCUACUUUACAAGUAAAUGCUAAUAAAAUGGUAGAUCUAUCUAUUUCUCAAGACACCAAUAAUAAUGUAAAACAUUCAGCAAGCAGUGAAAAAGGGUUCCUACGCAUUAGGGGUGGAUGUGAAUCUACAUAUGGAAAGAUAAAAACUGAUAUAGAACCUUGGCUCAAUUCACUUAACGAUUUUCAAACUUGGAAAAUAAUCAAAUAUGAUGACAUUUGUCCAAUAUUUAAAUUAUUGGAUGAUGAACUGCGAGAAAAAGUUUUAAUUGCUUUAGGUCAGAGAAUAUUAGCAG